CAUCCUCCGUUCAGCAUCUGGGAGGAAGGCAAGAACGGAGGCCUUAAAGGCAUUCUGGGAAAGGUCUUCUACACGCUCUCUGAGGUUACCAACUUCACAUAUGACUGCCACGAGUCCCUGGACAAGCAGUGGGGCGCCGUCGUGAAUGGGAAGUGGACGGGGAUGAUAAAGGAAGUGCUGGACGGGACCGCGGACGUUGCCGUGGCCGCACUCUCCAUGACGGACCAGCGAUACUCGGUGGUGGAUUUUCUCACUGGGAUGAUAUCUUCAAGCUUCAAGAUUGUGAUGAAAAGGCCGUCGAACUCGGACUACAUGUGGACCGUGUACACGAAGCAGUUCGAGGCUGGCGUCUGGCUCAUAGUGAUCGUGGUCAUCGUGGCUCUCUCGGUCGUGCUGUACUUGGUGCUGAGGUACUCCAGUCAGGACGAUGACGUGUCCGUUUCGGAGAGCUUUUUCGUCAUCGUCGUUUACAUAUUUGGACAGAGUCCAGAAGUAAACAUCACGGGAUUAGGCGGUCGGCUGGUAGUGACAACCGUGCUGUUUUUAAACGUGCUCUUGCUGGGCCAUUACACAAGUAAUCUGACGUCCGCCCUGACCGUGGGGCCCCCGCUGCCCCCGCACCGCAACCUCGAGGACGUGUACAACGAUAAGAGCCUCACAUUCGGGUUCGUGAAGGGCUCGGCCACCGUCUCCAACUUCCAGGACUCCAAAUCCGACGUGAUUCAGAAAGUGUGGAAAUCGAUAGACGUGGACAACGACCUCGUCAUCGACUACGAGGAAGGCAUGCAGCGCGUCUACAGAGACUCGUACGCCCUCCUCAUGUGGGAGGUAUACUACGAGCUCAACCACGGCAACGACUGCGGCGUGUUCCUCCUGCCGGCGCCCUACUUCCCCAUCCACACUUCCUUCGCGAUGCGCAAGGCCUCUCCUCUCGUGCCCAUCCUCAAUAAGAUCGUCCUCGAAAUCCUCUCCUCGGGGCUGCUGAGGAAGUGGUGGCUGGAGCUCAACGUGAAGACUAACGACUGCAACCAGCUGGAGACGGCGCCCAUCGAGAUCCAAACAGUCCUCACGCCCUUCCUCCUCCUGGGUGUGAGUCUGCUCUUGGCCUUCGUGUUCCUGGCGGCCGAGCGGUGGCGAAGCACACGCGUCAGGAGUGUUCUUGUGAAGUGAGGAGGGGAAGACGAGUCCACGGGGCGAGCGUGAAUAGAAGAAAGAGAAGAAGAGAGAGUGUUGAAAGACGCUUACCAGAUGGGAAUGAAAAAAGAAUAAAGCUAAGGGUUACUUA